AUUGGAUGUUUGAGCAGUAAGUAUAUCGUGCUUCUUAUCGAUGAAUGCGUUACACCCUAGUGGUCUCAUAGAUUCGCUCUCGGAUGUGUCGUCUAGCGAUGAUGAAGGUGAAGCCACUAAUAAUAAAGUUAGCAGCACAGAUGAUGAUAUUGCAAUCCCAUCCCAACGUUUCACACCUGUCAGUCUGACCGAAGUCUUGAGGAAAAGAAACAAGGUUGCUAAAGUAUUGUACAACAGCAGCAAAGUAUUGCCAAAAUACUGGAAACGAAGAUAUGAUCUUUUUGAACGGUUUGAUGAGGGUGUUCAGCUGGAUGAAGAAUCAUGGUAUAGUAUAACACCAGAAGCUAUUGCUCGUCGUCAAGCGAAAAUUUGUUCGUGUGAUCUACUCGUGGACGCUUUUGCAGGUGUUGGGGGAAAUACCAUACAGUUUGCGUACACUUGUAAACUUGUUUUAGCCAUUGAAAAUUGUUUCCCACGUUUGUUAAUGCUUCACAGUAAUGCAAGUAUAUAUGGUGUUCUAUCCAAAAUUAUGCUAGUUUGUGGAGAUGUAGAAAAAAUUUUAACCAGUUUAAGAACAACUGUUCAGUUAUCGUCUACUAGUUCUACAAUUUAUAAUAAUCAUAAUGAUGAUACAGGCGUAUCAACUUUAGAAAGUCACUCUGAAAGUGAUCAUUUGCAAACAACUUCCAUUUGUUCAUCUAAUAGAAAUCACAGUGUAAUAUUAUCUAGAAAUGAUGAACCAUCUGUAGAUAUUUUGUCAGAGACAUCAGUUCAUACGAAUGAUAAUAUUUUACAAUCCAACUUAAAUCCGUCAUCUGAAAAUCAAAGUUCAUCGUCAUCUGUUUCAAAUAAUUCAGAAAUCCCAUUAGAAGCGAGUUCAGAGUUAAAUGAAAAUCAAAAUUUGGAGAAGUUAACUAAUUCUACAUUUAACUCUCUUAUCGAUAUUAUAUUCAUGUCACCACCUUGGGGUGGUCCUGAUUACAUGGGAAAAAUUUUCCCACCUGGUUCAACUAGUUGGAAUCAACGUAAACGAAAACAUUGGUUAGAUGAUUUGGAAGAAAUGGAACCAAUUAAAAAUCUUGAAGAUAUUCUUUGCCUUAGUAAAGCAUUAAAUGUUUCAAGACAUGUUUGUAAUAAACUUCUAAUAUAUCUUCCUAGAAAUUCUUCUAUUGGCCAAUUAAUUCAAAUGAGUUGGCCAAUAGAUUGUUGUGAAUAUAUGGGUGAUUGUUGUUCCUGUAAACAAUAUCUUAAUGUAAAUAUUGAAACAUAUUGUUUACGUGGUAGACAAUUAGCUCUUGGCUUGUAUUUGGGAGAUUUCCCAUAUUUCCAAGAGAGUAUUGUGGUUUAAAUUAAAAGUUUUUUUUUCAAAUCACAAAUUGUUUCUUAUGUAACUAACAUCGAUUUUAUGAAAGAAUGAA